UGUUCCAUGGAAGACGUAAGAUAGAAAUUUGGACUCGGAAAGAAAUAAAAAUUAUCCUUGUUGUUUCGAUGUGGGCGUCAAAUACUGCUACGCCUAGCACUUUGUCAGUGGAGACAAGAGUUGAUUUUCUAGUGCCCAUCACAGUUAAACACUAUUGUUCUACUGUGUAGGUGGGAAGUAAAUUUGACCCCAAAAAAAGGGCUGCAGCUUGAAACGUGUGCGUGUGUGAGAGAGGACCGAGGAGACACGCCUAAGUUAAUUGAAAUGCCCAUAUAGUUUCAGCUUAUGUUUCCCUGUCUGAUCAUCAACUCAGCUCUGCAGGAAAAGCCCUAUCCUCUUCCUCUCCUUCUCCCAAUCCUAAUCAAGAUAAAAUCAGAGAAAAGGUCAGAUUUCAGCACCACCUUGUAGAUAUUGUAUUGAGAAAGACCCACUUUUUUUAUUAUUAUCAUAAUAAGAAUUAAUCAAAGCGCGUAGCCGAAAAGCUGUUUUAGACAAGGACAUAAAGUGAUAGACUCCAUCAAUGGAAGCAUUAAGAAGAAGAUGAAAGCAGGAGCAGCUGCUGUAUCCAGCCUAGGGUAGAGAUUAGGAAAAGGUAUGGAGAUUUGUGGUGAAGGCAAUUCUGGUGAAAUCUAUAGGAAUUCUUCUUUAGGAAGCAGCAGUGUUGGUGGUGGUGGUGAUGGUUAUAGCAACAAUCCAAGAAGGUAUGGAAUUAAUAUAGCAGCAUCAAAUUUGAUACAUGCUCCAUUAACAACCCUUUUGGAAUACUCGGGUAUACUAGGAGGAAGCACCUCCAGUUAUUCUCAAGAAAGGGAGCAACUGAUUUCUUCUCCAUCUACCGCUACUGGUGGUGGUGGUGGUGGUGGUCAUCAGGAGGUUACAAUUAGGAUAAUUGGCUCCGCAGAGAAUGAUCAUGAUGAUGAACCCAAUGCUUCCCCAAAUGUUGAGGCGUUACCAUAUGGUCAACGAGGUGGGGUUGUGGAGGGGAAUGCGAAUACUGAAAGCUCUAUUUCUGAUGGGUCUUCUGGGAUUGCCACAGAUUCAUCAUCUUCAUCUUCUUCUUAUCAGAGAUAUGAUAUUCAGAACUUGGCUAGGUGGAUUGAGCACGUUCUUCCAUUUUCUUUGCUGUUGCUUCUUGUUUUUGUUCGUCAACAUUUGCAAGGCUUUUGUGCUGCGUUGUGGAUUGCUGCAGUUUUAUUUAAAUCAAAUGAUAUUCUAAGGAGGCAGACAGCUCUAAAGGGAGAGAGAAAGAAGUCUGUUCUCCUAGGCAUGACUGUAGUGUUGAUUCUUCAUGUGAUGUCAAUUUAUUGGUGGUAUAGGAAUGCUGACCUUCUAUAUCCAUUGGUUUUACUUCCUCCAUCCACAAUACCUCCUUUCUGGCAUGUUUUAUUUAUCAUCAUUGUGAAUGAUGCUUUGGUGCGACAGGUAGCAAUGGUGUUCAAAUGCAUGCUUUUGUUGUUUUACAAGAAUAGCAGAGGCCACAAUUACCGCAAACAGGGUCAAAUGCUAACUCUGGUUGAGUAUUUUCUGUUACUGUACCGUGCCUUGUUGCCAACACCUGUUUGGUAUCGUUUCUUCUUAAACAGGGAAUAUGGAAGCUUUUUUUCGUCAUUAGUCACAGGGUUAUAUUUAACCUUCAAGCUUACCACAGUUCUGAGGAAGGUCCAACUAUUCUUCACUGCAUUGCGGACCUUGUCACAUAAAGAAAUGUACUAUGGUUCUUAUGCCACAUCUGAACAGGUCAAUGCAGUGGGGGAUCUCUGUGCCAUUUGCCAGGAGAAGAUGCAUGCUCCCAUUUUACUACGCUGUAAACACAUAUUCUGUGAAGAUUGUGUUUCUGAAUGGUUUGAUAGAGAAAGGACGUGUCCAUUAUGCAGGGCUUUGGUCAAAUCAGCAGAUAUUAAGUCAUAUAGUGACGGAUCAACCAGUUUGUUCUUCCAGCUAUUCUAAGAUAUGAUGCUUGUUCUUAAACCAGGACCACUUUCACCUUUCAAAGCCAAAUGCCUAUGCCAUUCUACAGAUUCUCUUCGUAUGUUCUCGGCAGAUAUUUUUUCGAAGCACUGCUGACAGUUCACUGGAUCUAAAUGUUGACGUUCUUCUAUUUGUUGUAAUCCAGAGGUUAGAUAGAUAUUCCGGCCAAUUCAAUGUAUUUAUAAUCUUUGAACCACAGAUGGAGCACUUCCAGAUCUUCUGUCAGUAACCACCGCGUUAACUUUUUUCCUUCUUUUUUCUUCUUUUCUUUUUGUUUUUGAAAAAUAUAUUCAAUGUAUUAUAUGCUAUUGCAACAAUUAUGGUUAGCAAUGCACUUUGCAAUGUUGCAAAAGUUCUUAUAGUUAUUGAUUGGCCAAAUAAAUUUUGUUCCCAA